CCGAGCAUUUAUGUCCCUCCCGGCCACCCUAUCCUGGAUUUUCUCCUCGUGACCGAGGCUGGCCAAUCACAGCUGAGCUGAGACGGUACACAGACGACAACAAAAAAUUAGCAGCUGAACCGUAAACGAAGCGGUCGGUUUCUAUUUCGUUUUUAGCUGUGGAAUCUCACUCAGUGUAGUUAUUCAAUACAACAUAAUGCGCCUAAAUUAGAUAUUGUGUUUAUUAUGUUUGUGGCACUUAAAUGUAACCGUAAUGUUCAGCUCACGCGAAACAAAUGCUGAAGACCACAGGCUAGCGAACACGGUCCGAACCUAACCUAACGGUAACCGUUCGCGCUCUGUAACUUAGACGUUAACAUCAACAAACGUUCUGACACAGCGCCUCUUGAUGCUUCACGAGCGCUGACGUCAACCUCCCUGGUUUGUUUUUGCGCGCUGGAUAUCAGCUCGACAGCAGCCCGCAGCUGACGCCUCACAGCGACUGUCCUGUCAGUGACAGCUGUCAGUCCGACCGCCCGAAGAAUGCAAUGGACGCUCUAACAUGCUAGGACCAUGUUCAAAAAUGUGUUCGGCUCAGGGUUUCUUGUGAGAACAGCUCAUGUGAUUCUGACAUGGGUCAUAACAUUGAUACUCUUCCUACAUGAUACAGAGCUGAGGAAGCAGGAGGAGACAGGCCAGCUCGUCCAGCCCGUGCUCUUCGUCCUGCUGGUGCUGGUGUCGGUGCUGCUCUAUUUCGGAGUUUCCCUGAUGGACCCAGGCUUCAUCCUGUCUGAUGACAGCGAUUUACAGUUCACGCUGGGAGUGACUGAGGAGCAGCAGGACAUGAUCCCACCUACCACCAAGUCCCUGCGGCAGCGCCGCUGUGGCCACUGUCUGCUGCAGCAGCAGCCAAUGAGAUCAAAGCACUGCCAGACGUGUCAGCACUGUGUCCGGCGUUACGACCAUCACUGCCCCUGGAUUGAAAACUGUGUUGGCGAGAAGAACCACCGCUGGUUUGUGCUUUAUCUGGCUGUCCAGCUGCUGGUGCUGCUGUGGGGGCUGCACAUUGCCUGGACGGGGUUCAGUUACGUGCCCACCUGGCAGCUGUGGCUUCAUACCAACGGCGUGCUGCUGGCCGUGGCCGUGCUGCUGGCUCUGCUCUCGCUGAUCGUGCUGCUCCUGCUCGGCUCCCACCUCUACCUGGUUUCUCUCAACACCACCACCUGGGAGUUCAUGUCGCGCCACCGUAUCUCCUACCUCAAGCACUGUGGCGCUGAUGAAAACCCCUUCGACCGCGGCACCUUCCACAACCUUUGGGGUUUCUUCUGCGUGUGGGGCACAGUGGUGUGGGAACAGGUGUACUUCAGGGAGGGCAGCGACCAAGUCUAACAACACACACCAAGUAUUAACAGACUGAAAGGACUGGAUUUCACUCAUGAAGAACUUUUCUGGAUCUGUUGAUCACACACACACUUGACCACAAACUAUAAACUAUCCCUGUGUGCAGUUUACUUUUGUAGAGGCACUGGUGUUGUGCCAUAACAUUUCCCUUCUUUGACAUCUCUCCUGUUGGUUCAGCACCCGCGCUGGCUUAUGUUGGGUUUAUGUUGUCUUGUUAUGGGGGCAAUUCACAGUGUGUUUUGAUGCAGUCAUAAUGCUUUAUGACUACACUCAUAAACACAGUGCUUUUUGAUGCACUUUAUCAACAGCAGAGUUUGCGUGGAGAGAGGACAUGGAGAGAAAAGAUGAACAGAGACACUGACCAACUGGUCACUUUUCAUGUCAACACCAGACGAAACAGAUUUUUUUUUUCCCCCCUGCAGUGACAGUAGAGGGCAUUAAAACAUUGCAGCCAUUUUGCCUCAUUGGGCAGUUUUACAUUAGUUAACAAUUACAAUUUAAAUAUGAACAAACCAAUAACCAAUGCUUUUCCUGCAGUGGCCUGAAUGCAAACCAUGUUCCCUGUCCACAUGGACUUAAUCUGUGUGCUCGCUUGGGCAUGUUUAAAACAUCAAGGCAGACUGCUGCAGAGGCCGUUGUCAUUAGAAUUUGUGUCUUUGCUUCAGACAGACAACUUCUCAUGCCUGUGACUUAUCUUACCUUAUGGCCUGGAGACAGUUUUGCGUAUGAAUUACUACCUAACAGUAGAUCGCUCCCAGUGUUAUAAUCUGUUAAAAUGACAAACAGACUUCAGAUUUUUCUGUCAUUGUAAGAAAAGGAAUAAAAUUAAUGAUUGAAAAUCUUCAGCUAACCAAAACUUAAAGUCAUCAUCAAUACAAAGUUCACUCGACUGAACACAUACAAUGCUAAGUUAUGAUACUCUGUCAACUAUAAUUGCAUACUGUGAGUUCUUACCACUGUUGGCUGCUGAGGUGUGUAUAGGUGUGUAUUGGUAGUCAUAAUGUAUUAAAAGCCACAUCAGUAAACCUCUAGUUUGACUAGUCAAGAGCUUCCAUAAGACAUUUAUAAUUCCUUAUAAGUCACAUUAAUAAUGUCUCACGACUGAUGAUAUGUUGCAUCAGAAAGCAUUAUGUCUGUUUGUGAGAACAAUCAUAAAGCAUUAUGAAUGUACUACAAUACACUAUGACUGCCCCAAAAGGCAGUGUAGAGUCUUCAUAACACCCCUAUAUGUCCUGUUUGUUUGUGGCUCUGGACAGACUAAAAGCUGUCUUGUUGUCCCUAGAAUGAGAGACCUGCUCGUAGUUAGCAUCUCUGUGUAGACAGCAGGUUACCAGCACUACAGCCCUUAUUCUAUCAAUUGUUUACAACCAUUCAAGUAUCGCCACAGUGUCUGAAGGCACUUUACCAUCCAACUUUAAGGCUCUGAGUGAAGCUGGUCUUUGUUUAUGUAUUCACCUCACACCUGUCCCCCUCCAGCAUCUUUCACUAAAUCAAAUAUGGCAGUAAGUACAUGUGUGACGCACCAUGACACAUGGUAAACCUGACUGACUGUUAAUGAACUGUAAAGUUUACUAUUAUUAUCGUCAAGCAUCUGAUUAAAUAUACUUGUUUUAGGUGCAUGUGUAGAUGAUCUAGAUCCACGGUUGCUAUGGUUUCCCCGUCAUACCCCGAUGAACAAGUUUGGAGAUGGUUUUUUUUUUUUUUUAAGAAACUGGUACAUUUGUGGUUUUAGUGUAGACAAUUUCAUUCUGUUCUUGUUUCAUGUGAUUAAUUGCCGAGUCAUAUUUAUUCUGCACAGAGGGUCUACAAGGUCCACUUGCUUUAAAUUUAAUUUAAUUUAGUUAGAUGAAGUGAGAGAAUGACAAAUGACAAUUUUGCUAAUAUCAUAGACAUGAAUAUUUUGAAAUAUGAUGGUGUGAAAAACUGUAUUGUUCCUAUCAUAUAAUCCACAAUGUACAGGAUGCUUUGACUUUCAAAUGACAGCAUUUCAAGCUAUUUUAUAUUGUAUAUCAUUUUUAAACUAUUUUGGAGCAGAAAAUGUCUUUAGAUUUUUGUAUGACUGUUUUAAUGAGUGACUGGAGGAAUAGACAGGUUGAGUGCAAUACUUUGUUUGGUAUUUCCAUUAGUGCUUCUCCUUGUGCAAUUGUACCCUUGUCAGAGAGCAAUAAAUGUGGUAGUACUGUUGGACAACAUGUAGAUUACCUCCAGCUGGACUGAGUCAUUGUCAGUGAGUGCUCUGGUUUCUAUGAAUUAACAUUUAAUUCAUGUUGUGUACUUCUGAAUUAUAUGCAAUACUGUCAUGCAAUGUUUUUUACUACUUUGAAAUGACUGCGUAAUAAAUAAAUCAAUGUUUCAUGAA